AGAAAUGUGAUUUUGAGGCAGCGUUAACCUGAAGGCUGAGAGCUAUAUACAGUACACUACCUCCUAAUGAGGUACACGUACCAUGGAAGUUACUGCCCAUGUACUAGCACCUUGCGGUUCUGGAACUUCUCUUGUCGACAUUCUUGCGGUUUUUUGCGCGUGGGCAUCGGAGGGGUUUGGGCUUGCGGAGCGCCUAUCCUUUUCCAGCACUACCUUAGGUACUUCAUACGGUAACGUAUCUCCGAACACGACACUAAAAACUCUGCUCCUUCCAUUCAGGGUCAACACAACUUCGCUAAUUAAUAAGGGAGUGGCGAUUCCCUUGCGAACAAAACCGCCCUCAUUCACAAGUUUCUCUCCGAUGUGCCUACCUUAUAUGUCGACAGCUGGUUCUCCGAUUUAUCGCUAUCAAAGUCAACGGACCAUGAUUCCGUACCGUCGGUGUGCUCACUCCCGCAUGAAUCUCGGCCAGGCUGUGUUUCAAAUGCUUUCUUAUCGUUUGACAGCGAGUUUCCAGGACGAGUUUCCAGCCUUACCUACAGGGUAAGUACGAGAAUGGCCUGGCUACCUAAGGUAGUUCAUUAUGUCUUCCACUUCUUAACUAGGUAACCAUCUUCUCAGCUGUCGACCAGAGCGAGGUUAUGUCUAUGAGUUCCACCAGGAGCCGUUCCAUAUAUCCUACUGCCACGUCGGCCCUUUCCUGCUAGUAACCGCGAAAAGAAUGCCUC